UCGAAAAAGAAUCCAAUCCUAAAUAAAUACGUCAUGUCCGACUCGAAGAAAGCGAAGAACGGCAGCCAUGUGAUGGACCUCCCCGAGACGAAAUGGAUUCAGAUCUACGUGAACGGCGAUGAGUAUUUCGGGGGGUGCAGGUGCGUCAUUAAUAGCAGAUAUUAUCGCAACUUGGAAAUGUUCUUGAAUUAUCUGACGGAUCGUCUGCGGCCCAGCUUCGGGGCCGUCCGGAACAUCUACACCCCCGAGAACGGCCAUUCUGUCCGGACCUUACAAGAGCUCUUGCCCAAGCAGAAAUACGUCGUGGCUGGUAACGAAAGGUUUAAGAAGUUGGAAUCCGGGUAUGCUGACAUGGGAAGUAGAAAACUGCACAGAAAUACAUGGAAACCAAAAAGCAAGUUCAAGGUGUCCAGAGCCAAACCUAUGUGCCAUCAUUCUUUGUCUUUAAAGCUAUAUUCACUAAGUGGGACUCCAAUAAAAAAUAUUGAUGAAUUAGUGAACAGUCAAUCAUAUGUUGUUGUUGGCAAGCAUGAAGUGUUCAAAAAAGGACCUUAUGGACAAAAUUCAGUUAGAAAUAACUCAUCUUAUAAAGAUAAAUAUCAUCUUCCAUAUUCAUCUCGAAAGACAUCAUCUUUGAUUACAGCUAGGUCAUCUGGGCUGCCAUCUCGUUCAUCUGCAUAUUCUGUUGGAUUUAGGUUUUCUGUCUCGGGUACUAAAAGUAACGAAAGAACUCCUCUCCAAAGCUCUACAGCUUUGAGCAGUAAAGGAAGUGCUCUUGAAUCCAUUGCCAAUCAUCCUUAUUUUGUUGAUUCUGAAAAUGAAAUGUCUCAACAAAUAAGCUUUAAUGAAGACUACGUAACAAAAGUAAAAAUUGACUUAGAUGAUGAUUUCGGCGGCAUUUUUCGAUCCAAAGCUCAAAAUGAUCUCACGGUGGGUGCUGUUGAAGUUGAAGACAGUUCAGAAACGAUUGUUGAUUUGCCUGUUGAUUUGUUAGAAGCUGAAGAAAUUGAGGAUGACAUUACUCCAGAUAUGGAAAGAUCACUACAACAUCUCAGCUUAGAUGUGCCUGAUGAAAUUGUUGCAUUUUUGCCCAGUAUGCAGAAAAAACAAAAUGGGAGGGAUCAACCAGCAUCUGCUAAUAAAUAUAGUUUAUCACAUUCACAGACUCUCGAUAUUCAAAACAUAUUUGUCUAAAGCAGUGGUGCCUAACCUUUUUUUACCCCAGGGCCUCAACUCAUAUGAAGAUA